AUGGCUCCUCUCACAGUGACCGUCGUCGUUGGGCUGGUGCUGGGUUGCUGUCUCCUGUCCAGCUCUCCAGCCUGUGGCUGGUACAGGCAAACUUCGAAACCCCAUCAUUACUCAGUCGGCAGAGCCUCCGGGUUACUGCAGGGCAUCUGGAGCUCCGAGUAUACCCGACGGGGUGGGGUCAAAGAGGGCACCACCCAUGAUCUGGCAAGGCGUGGGGAUUCCUUGGCACAGGAUUGGCAGCACCAAGUGCUGGGCGAUUGGAAGACGAUGAUGAUGUGUGCGAUGGAGAUCACUGCCCAGUUAAAGAGCUGUGCAGCUCUGACAGAAGACCCAACCACGCUCAUCUGUAACGCUGAUGUCCAACUGGCCUUUGGUCAAACCUGCGAGCCCCUGGGGAACUGA